AUGGCGAGGAGUCACCGGUUUAGUCCCCGGUUUAGAUACCGGUUACUCCUCCUUCUUCUAGCUUUCGAAACGGCACUUCGUUCAACUUCCGCUGAUCCAAAUGACGAGGCGUGUUUAAAGAAUCUCCGACAAAACUUAGAAGAUCCAGCGAGAAAUCUCCGGAACUGGACGAACUCCGUCUUCUCCAACCCUUGCUCCGGCUUCACCUCUUAUCUCCCCGGUGCCACCUGUAACAAUGGCCGAAUCUACAAACUCUCUCUCACUAGCCUCUCCCUUCGCGGCUCUAUCUCUCCGUUUCUCUCCAACUGCACCAACCUCCAGUCCUUAGACCUAUCCUCAAACCAAAUCUCCGGCGAAAUACCGCCGGAGAUUCAGUUUCUCGUCAACCUCGCCGUGCUUAACCUCUCGUCAAACCGUCUCUCCGGCGUUAUCCCUCCGCAGUUAGCUCUAUGCGCGUACCUUAACGUCAUCGAUCUUCACGAUAACCUCCUCUCCGGUCCGAUCCCUCAGCAGCUAGGACUCUUGGCGAGGCUGUCUGCGUUCGAUGUGUCGAACAACAAACUCUCUGGUCAGAUUCCGACAUACUUGUCGAACAGGACAGGGAGUUUUCCGAGGUUUAACGCGAGCUCGUUCGUGGGGAACAGAGGGUUGUAUGGUUAUCCGUUGCAGGAGAUGAUGAAGAGCAAGGGUUUAUCGGUGAUGGCGAUCGUUGGGAUAGGGCUUGGGAGUGGAGUGGUGAGCUUGAUGAUUAGUUUCACAGGUGUUUGUAUUUGGUUGAGGAUCAGUGAGAAGAAGAUGGCUGAGGAAGAAGGAAAGAUUAGUCAAUCGAUGCCUGAUUAUUAGAAUUUUAAUUUUUGAUUAAUUAAACCUUAUGAUUAAUUUUAUUAAUGACGGCUGUUUUUGAAACAUGACGAAGAAGGAUUCAAGGUUCUUGGUUUGUGUGAGUUUUUGGUCUAUUCAAUUUUUGGUAUAGGAAAAAAAACUUAUACUCCCUCCAUCUAUUAUAUUAAAAGAGAAGUCAUGACU